CGCGCAGCACAAAAGGGGGACGAGGACGCGCGCCCGCUCGCUCUCCCGCACGGCACCGCCACCACCGCUGCUCCACACUAGCUGCGCCCACGCACGUACGCGCCGCGCCCGUGCCGGGCUUUCUCAUCCUUUCCACGCUGUCCCCGCGCGCUCUCCCCUUCUCUGCUCCGUCCCCCCUUCCGGCGUUCACACCGCCUGCUCAGCCUCGCGUCUUACAAAGAGGCGUAGGCUCGCAGCCUACGAUCCCCAGAGAGGCGGCACGGCACGGCACGCGUGCGCUGUUCGCUCCGAUCCCCGGAGAGAGCGGCGGCGGCAGGAGGAGCUGCUUGUGCCGGCGACUCGACUCGAAAGCCGCCGGCUUUGGCGGAGCUUUCUGCCGCUGCUGCUACAGCCUGUGCCGCGGACAUGAGCUGCCUGGGCUGGUUCAAGCGGAGGUCGAGGAGCGGCGGGUCGUCGUCGGGGCAGCGGGGGGCGUCGGCGCCGCCGUCGUCGGGCCCGGCGACCACGACGACGACCACGGUGUCGGGGGUGAGCACGAGCCGGUCGGACGACUCCGGCGCGGUGCGGCCGGUGAGCAAGUCGGCGGGGUCGGCCGCCUCGUCGCAGUCGCAGCGGAGCAUCUCGUCGCUGUACGAGGAGCGGGGCCACGGCCAGCUGCGGGUGUUCGACUACGAGGAGCUCCAGGCCGCCACCGCCGACUUCGGCCGCGCGCAGAAGCUCGGCGAGGGCGGCUUCGGCAGCGUCUACAAGGGCUUCGUCCGCGCGGCCGACGGCAAGGGGGACCGCAUCCCCGUCGCCGUCAAGAAGCUCAACCAGCGCAGCCUGCAGGGACAUAAGCAGUGGCUGGCAGAAGUACAGUUUCUUGGUGUUCUGGAGCACCCAAAUCUUGUAAAGUUACUUGGAUAUUGCGCUGUUGACUCCGAAAGAGGGGCACAAAGAUUGUUAGUCUACGAAUUUAUGCCGAACAAGAGCUUGGAAGACCACUUGUUCAGGCGAGCUAAUCCUCCUCUAUCGUGGAACAAAAGGCUUCAGGUUAUCUUGGGUGCUGCAGAAGGAUUGGCCUACCUGCACGAGGGGGUAGAAGUCCAGGUAAUCUACCGGGACUUCAAGACGUCGAACAUUUUACUGGACAAGGACUUCAGAGCCAAGCUGUCAGACUUCGGACUAGCCAGGGAAGGACCAACUGGAGCAAACACCCACGUCUCAACUGCGGUCGUCGGGACACAAGGGUACGCGGCGCCGGAGUACAUCGACUCGGGGCACCUGACGGCGAAGAGCGACGUGUUUAGCUUCGGCGUGGUGCUGUACGAGAUCCUGACGGGGCGGCGGUCGCUGGACCGGAACAAGCCGGCGGCGGAGCAGAAGAUGCUGGAGUGGGUGGCCCAGUUCCCGCCGGACAGCCGCAACUUCCGGGUGAUCAUGGACCCCAGGCUCCGCGGCGAGUACUCGGUGAAGGCCGCGCGGGAGAUCGCCAAGCUGGCCGACAGCUGCCUGCUCAAGAACGCCAAGGAGCGGCCCACCAUGGGCGAGGUGGUCGAGGUGCUCAGGCGCGCCGUGCAGGCGGCCGAGCCGGAUAGCCGGUCGCCCGGCGCCGGCGCCGGCGCCGUCAAGGGGAGGAGAGCGGACGCGGCCGCGCCGUCCAGGAGGUGAUUGCUACAGAUUCGUCGCCGGCGAAAGCUCUGAUUGGCUGAGUCAAAGUUGGUCAGGGAGGGGGAGACUGAUAUGCUGUCGUCAGACGUGACAGCACGCAAAGAGUGUUAUUUUUGGGUGUGUCCGUCAGUGGUGGGGGCCACAUUACUUAGAUGAUUUGGCGGAUUGAGGUUUUCCUUUCCCUUCCGAAAGUGAGAAUUUUAGAAGAAUUUUGCACUGGCUCUAGAAAAUCGAUUUUGCACUGAGGUUGUUCUCCUGUAGUCAUGUAUGCUGAGUUGUGCCAAAAAAAAGAUAAAAAAGGUAAGAGUCCAUCCCAUAACAAA